UUCACCAAAGAAAAUUCUUCAUCCCAAGGCCAUUGCAAGUAAAUAUCAGCUCCUUGUACCGGUCCAAUAGCUCCUGCAACAACAAACAAUAAAUGGAUUUAAAGCUCUCAAAUAGAAUCGGAUCUUCCGUCUUAACACGACGCCGUAUUCCUUUCGUCGGUGCGUUUUGCGUGUUAAGCUUGGGUCUCUCCUCCUUCUCAUCGUCUUCCUUUAAACCGGGUUGUGCUGCACAGUCUCUCUCUUUUGCCCCUCUCUUAAGGUCUAAGUUUAGCAGUAAGGCUUCUUCUUCUUCUUCUUCAUCGAUCAAAAUGGAGGAAAGCAGCAAAACUGUGCCCAGCAUUGUUGUUUACGUCACUGUUCCUAACAGAGAAGCAGGAAAGAAGUUGGCUAAUAGCAUUGUCCGAGAAAAGCUUGCUGCGUGUGUCAACAUUGUCCCAGGUGUUGAAUCGGUGUACGAGUGGGAAGGAAAGGUUCAGAGUGAUUCCGAGGAGCUACUGAUAAUCAAAACAAGGCAGUCUCUUCUAGAGUCUCUUACCGAGCACGUCAAUGCUAAUCACGAAUACGAUGUGCCAGAAGUAAUUGCAUUGCCCAUAACUGGUGGGAGCGACAAGUAUCUAGAAUGGUUGAAAAACAGUACAAGGAACUGAGACAUCUCGCUAGCUUGUCCGUCUGCCCCAUCAAUGGCUUUUGGAGUUUUUUUUUCUGUUUCUCAAAUAAACAGCUUUCCCCAUCUGUGGAUUCUGCCAUAGUUUGUCAUGUGUAAUAGUUACUAAGAUCAGUUCACUUAAGUGUAGUAAAAUUUGUACUCAUA